GUCAGUUAGAACACAUCGCGACUCCAUCUCUUGCUCCCUCGUCCUCCUUCCUUCUCUUGCUCCACUCCCAAGGACUUCGGCGUAGUAGUCACUUCUUCUUCUUUGCUCUCUCGCGAAUCGUACGUCGCUAAUCAGUGCACUUUCCCAAGGAUUCAGGGCGAGCAGGCUUUCUCAGGCACUCUAUUCGCGGAGGCAAUUCAAGGCCUUCUCCCAUCGGCUUCCCUUCCGCGCUCUUCGCAGCCUCGCCGCACCUUCCCAAGACAUCUUCGUCAAGGUCGAUCGAGACCCUCAUCGCUCUCACAGCAAAGCGAGCUGCUAGCACUCGUCGCUUCCUGGCCUGCUGGUCACUAGCAAAGUUACUACCCUCAAGCUUGUGGGCUCCACAUCGUCCCCUCUAGAUCGCCUCGCACCAAUAGUCGCAUCUACGCAGCCAACGCAGCAUCACGAUGCAGUCGCAUCACCAAGACUACGUCAACGAUCCCUCUGCCUAUCUCUCGUCCCUCUCAUCGGCCAUGCCAUCCGACAUGUCCCAGAUGAGCUCGCCGCAAGUAGCCCAACAACAGCAGCAGCAGCAGCAGCAGCAGCAGCAGCAUAUCCACCAACAAUCUGGUGCAGCGAUGGCCAGCACAUCGUCCAAUGGCAAUGGCAUUGCAGCAGCAGUGCCUUCAGACCCGGCGCAGGCCGCCCUCUUGCAGCAGCAGCAGUUGGCGCAGACCGGUCGCAAGCUGAGCGGACGCUACGCCCUCGCCGACUUCACGCUGCAGCGAACCUUGGGAACGGGCAGCUUCGGUCGAGUUCACCUCGUCCGAUCCAAGCACAAUAUGCGAUUCUACGCCAUCAAGGUGCUCAAGAAAGAGCAAGUAGUGCGCAUGAAGCAGGUCGAGCACACAAAUUCAGAGCGAUCCGUCCUCUCUUUGGUGCGUCACCCCUUCCUCGUCAACCUCUGGGGCACAUUCUCCGAUUCGACAUACCUUUACAUGGUUAUGGACUUUGUUCCCGGCGGAGAGCUCUUCACCCUCCUUCGAAAGUCACAACGCUUCCCGCAUCCCGUCGCCAAGUUCUACGCAGCAGAGGUCGCCCUCGCAAUCGACUACCUCCACCAGAAUGGCUUCGUCUACCGCGACCUCAAGCCCGAGAACAUCUUGCUUGGAGCGGACGGACAUCUCAAGAUCACAGACUUUGGAUUCGCCAAGUGGGUUCCAGACGUCACCUGGACGCUUUGUGGUACGCCUGACUAUCUGGCACCAGAAAUUGUCUCCUCAAAAGGGUACAACAAGUCCGUCGACUGGUGGGCUCUGGGCGUUCUCCUCUUCGAGAUGUUGGCCGGCCAUCCGCCCUUCUUCACCGAAGACGGAAAUCCCAUCAAGCUAUAUGAGAAGAUCAUCGCCUGCAAGGUCCGUUAUCCACCUUACUUUGAAGCGGCAGCCAAGGACUUGCUCAAGAAUCUCCUCACAGCCGACUUGACGAAGCGCUUUGGCAAUCUGCACCGUGGGAGCAAGGACAUCUUUGGUCACUUGUGGUUCGCCGAGGUGGACUGGGAUAGGUUGUACAGGAGGGAAAUUCCUGCGCCUUACUUGCCGACGGUUGCGACUGAUGGAGAUGCGAGCCAAUUUGAGAGAUAUGAGGAGGCGGAUUACAGUACCUAUGGGAUCAUGGACGCGCCGGAUCACUUUGCGCAACUAUUCCCUGAUUGGUAGCCCAGCCACAGGUCAAGAAUGCACAAGCUACUGUCUUUCGCUCGGACCGAUUCCGAACCUCUUAAUAUGCGCGGCUGCACGAUGUUCCUUCACCGACCCGGACAGCCGCGCUCCUCGUACAGCCCCACCUAUCCCCACCUUCACCAAACCCCCAUACAGCCGCCCUGUCCUCGCUUUAUUCGUCACGGUCUCCUAGUCUCGCUCACGCCCUGUCUGCCAUGAGCAAUUGACGCGCGCCUUCGUCUUCGUCUUGUCUUUGGAUCCUAAAGUGUCGUUCGGCAAUCGACUGCUUGCAACUCAUCUACAUGCAUACGUGACUAGAAGCCC